AUGAGAAUACAGAAAUGCUAUUUCUGCUCGGGCAAUAUCUACCCGGGGCAUGGAUCUAUGUUCGUGCGAAAUGACGGGGCUGAGUUCAGGUUCUGCCGGUCGAAGUGCGUCAAGAACUUUAAGCUGAAGAGAAACCCCAGGAAGGUCGCAUGGACGAAAACGUACCGGAAAGUGCGCGGGAAGGACCUGGUCAACGACACCUCCCAGGAGUUUGAAAAGCGGGUGCACGAGCCCAUUAUAUACAACAAGGAGGUUUACGCGAAGGUUGUCGAAAGCAUGCCAAAGAUCGCAGAAAUACGGCACUCCCGAGAGGCCUUCCACAUAAAGAACAGGCUGCUCACGGGGAGAGAGAAGCUUGUGGACAGCGAGCGAGUCUUCAUAGUGAAGAACUUGGACGCCCUCACAGAAGACGAGAGAAUGCGGGAAAACCUGGAGAGAAAGAGAAGAGUGCGGGAGGCGCUGAAGCUGCCUUUCGAGUAG